AUGCUUGGUCAUCGCGAAAGUGGAAAUAGACGAAAGCGAUUUCCAGCGGUACAUCUUUCCUCAUCGAAUUCUGCAACAAUGGCCUCGUCUUCAUCGUCAUCGGCUAUUAAUCGAGCAACAAAUCCUCCAAAUUCUGUCGAACAAAGUGAGAAUAGUUGUCUCAGUGAAAUUCGUUCUCAUACAUCAAUUUGGCACAAUGAUUUCCAUAAUCUGUCGCAGGAUAUUUUUGACGAUAUAAGAUUGUAA